AUGCUAAAAGAUACACCUAUAGAUGUAAAUGAUAUUCUCACUCUCAAAGGAAUCGCGGACAAGUAUAAACUUGGUAAUAAUGCUGCAAAAGCUGCACGCAAUAUAAACCAGGCGUUUGGAGAGAAUACUGUGAACGAUCGAAAAGUGCAGCGUUGGUUUGAAAAAUUUCGGUCUGGUGAUUUUUCCCUGCAAAAUGAACCGCGUGGAAGACCCAAAACAUCUGUGAAAAAUGAUGCUCUGAAAGCAUUGGUGGAAACGAAUCCAACUGUUUCUUCAAGGGAACUUGCUGCCAGAAUGGAAGUUGACCAUACAACAAUAUUGCGACAUCUUUCUAAAAUUGGCAAGGUGAAAAAAAUGGAUAAGUGGAUACCGCACGAACUAACCGAGCGAAAUAAGCUGGAUCGCUUGAACCACCCACCUUAUUCACCGGAUCUUUCGCCAACCGACUUUCAUUUAUUUAAACAUUUAGAACUGUUUUUACGGGCUAAACAGUACGAAAAUGAAGACAGUCUGAAAAAUGCCAUAUCAGAGUUCAUUGAUUCUAAAGAUCAGAAUUUCUUCAAGACAGGCAUCUAUGCAUUAAAAUCUCGUUGGGAAAAGUGUAUUGAAUGGAACAAGCCAAAAAGUGACAAUGAAGCCGGUGACAAAGCUAAGACAAACUCGAAGAGCAACCAGCUUGCUGGAGAGCGCGUCUUCGGCGGCGACGAUAAUGACAGCGAUGACGGCCGGGGUCACGAUGGUCAGGACGACGACGGCGGAGGCGACGACGACCGGGGCUACGACGGCCGUGGCCAUGGCGGCCGGGACCAUGGCGGCUGGGGCGACGAUGACCGGGGCCAUGGCAGUCGGGCUGACAACGGCGGGAGCCAUGGCGGCUGGGGCGACGACGGCCGGGGCCAUGGCGGCUGGGGCGACAACGACCGGGGCGACGACGGCCGAUGCGACGACGGCCGGGGCCAUGACGGCUGGGGUGACGACGGCCCAACUUAUAAACGGACAUAUCCGAAAGGAUUCCUCUCCCAAAGGGAGUGGGAGGAAAGAAAGGUAGCAAAAAUAGUCUUUUCGACAUUAGUCAUUUUGACAUGA